AUGUCUAUUCUUAAAAUUACUGGAAGACAAAUAUUAGAUAGUCGUGGUUAUCCAACAGUAGAAGUGGAUGUAAUUACAAAUAAAGGUUUAUUUCGUGCUGCUGCACCAAGUGGAGCAUCAACUGGUAUCUAUGAAGCAAAUGAACUGCGUGAUAAUGGACAAGAAUUUCUCGGUAAAGGUGUACUCAAAGCUGUUAACAAUGUGAAUAAAAUUAUUGCACCAGCAUUAAUUAAAAAGAAUUUAUGCGUAACAGAACAAACAGCUAUUGAUGAAUUCAUUGUUAAAGAAUUAGAUGGUACACCGAAUAAAACUCAUUUAGGCGCUAACGCUAUUUUGGCUGUUUCUUUGGCUAUACUCAAAGCUGGAGCUGCAGAAAAGAACCUUCCAGUGUACCGUUAUGUUGCAGAUUUAGCUGGUAAUGUUUCAGUCACUUUACCAGUACCUGCGUUUAAUGUUUUAAACGGUGGGAAACAUGCUGGAAAUAAACUGGCAUUUCAAGAGUUUAUGAUAUUCCCAGUCGGUGCAACAUCUUUUGCUGAAGCUCUACGUAUGGGCAGUGAAACGUAUCAUCAUUUACGUAGAAUUAUUCAAAGGAAGUAUGGUGUAAAUGCUUGUAAUGUUGGCGAUGAAGGCGGAUUUGCACCGAAUAUUUCAACACCGAUAGAAGCACUUGAUUUAAUUGUUGAUGCAAUUGUCGAAGCUGGUUAUGUUGGUAAAAUUGUUAUUGGAAUAGAUGUUGCAGCAUCUGAAAUGUAUUCAUCUAAAAAUGAUAAAAAGUAUAAUUUUGACUUUAAAGAAUCUUGUUCCCAGGAUCAAACACAUUUUCUUACUGGAGAUAAAUUAUUAGACUACUAUACAAAUUUAUCAAUACGUUAUCCAUUAGUUAGUAUUGAAGAUCCAUUCGAUCAAGAUGAUUGGGAUAAUUGGAUUAAAUUACGUUCACGUUUACCAAUACAAAUUAAAACUGGUGCACCGUGUCGUUCUGAAAGACUUGCAAAAUACAAUCAAUUAUUACGUAUAGAAGAAGAAUUAGGAUGUUAUGCAGUGUAUGCUGGAAAUGUAUUUCGGUCACAUGGAAUAUGUUGAAUUAAAGUAACAACUAUAAUGUAAUGUGUACAAAAGGAAAAACUUUAAAAAUUGGAAGG